UCUCCUGAAGAACAUCGUAUCCUCGAUAGCCCGUAUCGAAGUGUUGAGUACUCUGCUUCUGCAAUGACAAUUAAAUUAUGCGAUAAAUCCAUUGAAAGAGGCUGGUACCGAUUCACCAUUUACGGAAAAUCAGCAGAACUGCCAACUGAAUGUGUCCAGGUAAAUCAGUGUGGAACAGAAGCACCAAUCUGGUUAGACACCAAGGGUGACAGCCUCCCUCCUCCAGGAGAGAGUGCCCGACAUGCUGCAUGUGUUUCCUGGACUCCAUCUUCUACCCAAUCUUGCUGUUUCUUCAGCUUUCCCGUCACGGUGACCAACUGUGGUGAUUUCUUCGUCUAUCUUCUGCAGCCUGCCAGAGGAUGUAACAUGGCAUACUGUGCGAAAGAGGCUCGAGAAAAGUGCGGCCCAGGAGAACUUUCACCCGAUGGAUUCGAACCAUGCAGAGAGAGUUUUCCAACAAUCCUCGGCCUUCCUGAGAUUACACCAACCCACUUUGAAGACAAGGUCCAACUUAGAUGUUCUUUUCGAGGGUUGGAGUCACGUGAGGGCUCAACAAAAAGUUACACGGUCACGUGGUUUAAGGCUGGACCAGACGAGAUGUAUCAUCAACUCACCACAAAUGACACAUUCGACAACUUUGCCUCCUUAGAACUCCGAAAACAUUUCUCAUUAGGGGAUAAAGUCAUUUGCACUGUGCAAGCAUUUUUCAAUGCAACCAGACAACUAAAGAGCCCGCCAAUAGAGAGUGAUCCGUUUCAUAUAACAAUAUCGGUAUCGCCGAGAAGAUUAGAGAUUGCAGAAGAUGGGCAGCGUCAUCUAGUGGCCUUUGAGAGUACAGUGCCUAUCCAUUGUGAUGAUCCUGAGCAAAGCUGUUCUGUUCUUAUACCUCUUUCUACCAUUAGUAAUGAUGCAGAAGUUGGAUACGACAUAGCUCUAUCGGAAUGUUUCGUAGAACUUCGUCCUCGAUCGUGUGGUACAACGGAAACCCGAUGUCGUCAAGCAUUCAUGUUCGUAACUGCUGUAACAGACUUUCAACAUGACGGACGGACAAGCAAUGAGAUCAUCACCGGUGACGUGAUUAGUUCGGAUCCGUUCUGGAGUGGCUUCAAUCCUAACGAUCUUGAGGUUAUAGUGAAUGAUAUCCCAACGGCACAGUGCUACUCUUUCACAGACCCACACUUCAUAACUUUCGACAGAAAGAAAUAUGACUUCUACAAAACCGGAACAUUUGUCCUCUAUAAGAGUCUUAGGAGAGAGUUCGAGGUGCAUACCCGUAUCUGGAACUGCGGCGGUAUCUCAGAGCAGGUGUCCUGUAACUGUGGGUUCGUCGCCAAGGAAGACAAUGACGUCAUCUCGGUGGACAUGUGCGAUGGUAACGUGCUAGAAACCAGAGCGGAAGUAAGGGUCAGGAGCCCCCAGCCUCUGACGGACGGGGUCAAAAUUAAGCAGGCCAAAAACGGAACCAAAAUUACCGUUGAAUUUUCAUCAGGGGCCUUCAUUCGAGCUGAUAUCUCCGACUGGGGCAUGAGUAUCACUGUUCAAGCGCCCUCUCUUGACUUCAAUCGUACAGUUGGUCUUUGUGGAACAUUUGAUGGUAAUCCUGACAAUGAGUUUCAUGAUAAACAGGGCAGGGAUCUGGAUUUGGCCAUGAGGUUUGGACAGGCAAACGAAUUUGUGGAGUUAUGGAGACUGCGUGAUGGAGGUAUGUUCAAUACAAUACCCCUACCAGUGCCUUAUGAGCUUCGUCUUCCAGCCUGUUCGUGUCUAUCUCCUAUAGUUCCUCCAAGGGGUGAUUUAUAUCCAAUCCAGAGUCUUGGCUGCCUGGGUGAGACGUCCUGUAGACCUCGAUGUACCCGAUUUGAAGACGUAUACAGGAGAGAAUUGGUUCAAUCAAAUGACGUCACAUACGUGUAUUCGAACCUCAUAUCAAAUAAUCCUUUUGGGAGGAGGCGGAAGAGGAGUGCAUCUGAUGAUAGGACUAAGCGGCAACUUAACCCGCCACCAAGCGAUACAUCAUUGGACCAAAUAGCCCUGCGGGAUUUCUUUAAUCUCUUUGAUCUAGACAUUCCUGUGGGUUUAUUUGAUGACACAGGGCCAGUUGGACCAAGUGUUCAGAGCUCUUACUUCUUCCUACCAGAUCACAGACCGAGUGACCUGAGACCAUUAAGAGCCACUUGGCCGACACCAAGUGGUAUAUCCUACGAACAAGCAAGGGAGUUCUGCUUCCAGACUGUCGCCAACACCACACUCGCUAAUGCUUGUGGCGAGAGUGGCUUGAGGACUAACAUGUACAUCGAUGACGCCGUUGAGAUGUGCCUCAGUGAUGUGCAGUUAACUGAGGAUUUGACCUGGGCGUCGCAGACAUUGCCUUUGGUUGAGAACCAAUGCGAGGCGGCCUAUGUGUCCAAUAGAACGCUGUGGAGACCUGAUGUUAGCUCUGGGAAUGAGCUAGGAGAAAUUGUACCGCCCGAAGGAGUGUUGAGGGCGCUUAACUGUCCCAAUGAUUGUAAUGGUCAUGGUGUAUGUACCAAACAGGGAUGUAUAUGUGAAGACAAGUAUGAACCACCUGACUGCAGUUGGAAAGAUGAUGCUAUACCCUACAUUGUGAGGUUAGAGAACAAUGGGUUAUGUGACAGAGAAACCCAAAGAUGUGAUACAGUUAGGAUUACAGCAAGAGAAUAUAGAGAAGGCAAGGCCAUUACAUGCCUCUUCUCUUUAUUAAAGGACGGAAUAAACGAUGUGUCGUCAGUUAUCUACGCUCAGUCCAUCGCAAUCAGAAUCAACAGAAAGACUGUAUUGUGCAAUGUACCGAUAAUAGAAGGAGCUGCUAACGAAGAUGCUACAAUGAGAUGGGAGGUUCAGGUGAUGUAUUCUGAUUCGUCUCCCAGUAACACAAUGACAUUGAUUCACUAUGAUUCAAAAUGUCAUAUAUGUACUUGGAUUGGAGCUUGCACAACAAAGGAGAAUGCCUGCGUGAUUGAAAGACGAUGUUACUCCGCCGGUCAGCAUAAUGAGAGAGAUUCCUGUCAGCAAUGUCGACCAUUGGUCAGCAGACACGAGUGGUCAAUAUCAGAAGACAAUGUACCUCCAGUUCUUGGUGUAGAUACCCAGUUCGUCACGUUCACUGGCCGUGCUUUCACUCAUCAGCUGGACGCUAUAGACCCUGAUAGUACAACGGGGGUAGGGGUUGAAUUCUCAGUACAAACCCAGGUCUCCGACGAUCUAUACCACGUCAAUAUCUCACGAUUCGGCCAUCUGUAUUGGUUGUCAAACGUAGAGGGCGACUACACGGUUCCGGUGAGGUUGACUGACGAGUGCGGAUCGAGUGUUGCAUUUGAGAUGGAGGUAACAGUAUUAGCUUGUCGUUGUCGAAACGGGGGAGAAUGUAUACUAGACUCGAGAUCAGGCUUUCCGGUGAACAGUCGUCAAUACUCGUGUUCAUGCCCAUCCCCCUAUACUGGAGAGUACUGUGAUAUUAAUAUGGCGCCUGGUACAGGAAGCUGUGCGUCAAAUCCCUGCAUGCACGGUCAAUGUCAGGACAGCAUUCAUGGUUUUACAUGUGAUUGUGAGACAGGCUAUACAGGUUCAACAUGUUCUAUCAUGAAGAAUGUUUGUGAUAACAGACCCUGUUUUGAAGGCGUGGAAUGCACUGUUCGUGGAUUGGGGUCGUUUUCAUGCGGGUGUUGCCCAGAAAAUUACUAUGGGGAUGGUAUUACUUGCAAAGCAUCAAAGUGCAAAGUCCCGUGUCCUAAGAAUAUGAUAUGCGACCCCAACGUUGGAUGUGUGUGUAAGGAUGGCUAUCAUGGUCAUGCGUGUUUCAGACCCUUGUGUAACCCUCCUUGUCUUAAUAAUGGUCGAUGUGUUCAGCCUAAUACAUGUGCUUGUCCAGUAGGAUAUACGGGCCAAUAUUGUCAGCGAGGGCAAUGUUCUCCUGUCUGUCAGAACAAUGGUCGAUGUAUGUCUCACAAUCGAUGUCAUUGCUGGCCGGGAUUUACAGGAAGCAGAUGUGAAAUUAUGUCCUGUAAUGUGAACUGUAUGAAUGGUGGAUAUUGCGUCACCCCUGAUCGAUGUAUAUGUCGAGGAGGAUACACUGGACCAGCUUGCCAAACCCCUGUAUGUUCACCAAUGUGUCGUAACGGAGGAAGAUGUGUAAGCCCGGGUCUAUGUGUGUGUCCACGAGGUUUUCAGGGGCAAUAUUGCCAAAGAGCAAUGUGUUCUCUACCUUGUCGUAACGGUGGUGUAUGUGUGAGGAAAGAUAUGUGCUCCUGUCCAAGAGGAUAUACAGGGAGAAUGUGCGAAAGAGCUAUUUGUGAGCCACGAUGUCAAAAUGGCGGCCGAUGUGUAUCGCCUGGUUGGUGUUCAUGUCCUUCUGGAUACAGAGGAAGAAAAUGUCAUAAAGCUAUUUGUCCGUCUGGGUGUCGGAAUGGAGGAGAGUGUGUGGAACCUAAUGUAUGUAUGUGUAAAGCUGGCUAUGGGGGAUCUAGUUGUGAAACCCCUUUCUGCAAUAAGCCGUGUAUGUAUGGAGGCAAAUGCAUCAAACCAGAUACGUGUUUAUGUAGGAGGGGAUACAGAGGAAAACAGUGUGAAAACAACAGGUUAGCGCAUAGAAGAUAUAGGAGAGACGAAGAAGACGUGUUAUAAUUAUCAUGGAAUAUAUCAAGAUAUUAUGCAGCCAAAGUCAUUCAUAUUCUGCAAUGUUUUAACUUGAAUGGUUAACUAAUUCACAUACAUAAUAUAUUUAUAUUUCAUGGUUCUUUUCUAAUCCAGCUAAUAUUUGUAUAUGAGGGAGCAACGGGUGUAUUUAUAUGCACAUGAAGGUAAUGACGUUCGCAUUGAUUACACAUGUACAUGUCCAGUAUUUUGUUGCGUGAAUGCACACACGGCUCACAACAUUUGCUGUUGAAAAAAUAGCGCAAAAUUUGAAAAUUUUCUUACAUUGAUUUUCCCGAGCUGUAUCUUAGCUCGAAAAAAAGGGGGAAAAAAUCCUUUUCCAAGGAUAAGUUUAGCGACUUUCUGUUGCAAUAUUAAAGGUUUAAUUAAUUAUAAAUUCCAGAACUUGAAUGAUGAACAGUGUAUUAUUAGGGUUGAGAUUGCACUGUCGCUGGACAAUUUUUUAAAUCUUCACCCAUGACACUGGCUGUAUUACACAAAAUCUGAAAAACACUCAAAAUAAAUACUGUAGUAUGUUUUAUCUUUAUGAUUAUGAUUAUUAUCAUUGUUAUUGUUAUUAUUAAUAAUAUUAUUACUAUUAUCAUUAUUAUCAUUAUUUGUAACCUGUUUUUCAAUACAGUCUUCCAUUAAAUGGUCAGUGGGUAUAGUAAUUUCCCUUUUUGCAAUUGAUUUAGUCUAUAGGAGACUACAUCUCCGUGAGUUGGUGCUUUAUCGUUAUGUUUACGUUUGUAAAUAAAAUCAGUAUUGCCGAUAUCCGAUUUCCAGUACUAAAUGUCUUCUACUUUUUUUGUUUUACUUUUUAUUCGAACAUUUUUAAAGCAAUGUCGGUUUCGUUAUUUUGUUUUCAAAUUGACAGUACAUUGUCAGUUGAGAAGAAUGUCGAUCAAUUAUAAAAGUGCUUAUAGUUCAUAGGAGAUCAUAGUCGUAUGGUAGUUGUUUCUUUCAAGCUCAAACAAAAUAUGCUGCGAUUACAGGAUGGUUUUAAAACAAAAUAUAUUUGUCGAUUAUUUUUAUUUCAUUUUUAUCUUGUGACAGAGCUGUAUUCAAUAUUUUAUUAUGACGUAUUAGCAUAUUUCCAUGUAUUAUAAUAAGUAAAUCUAUUUUGUAGGGUUUUUGUGGAUUUGACCCUUAAUGAGAGAAAUAAGAGACUAAAACUUGAGAUGAUCGACUGUAAUUGAAAUUCAAAUUCCAGAAUAGUUUAGAGUUAUUACAAAGUUCAAAUUUCCAUGGAUAUGAGUUGCCAUGUUUAUGAGAGAGUUCAGGUCAAAAGUACCACUAAACAUUGAUUGUCUUCCAUUUUUACAUCCACAUCUUAUUUUCACCUUGUGCCCAAUUGUUGCGAUCGAUAUUUUAAAAUUCAAGUGUGUGUCGUAUUUAUAUUGCAAACAUGUUUUUAAAAGACCAUUGGCAUUGUACACAUUUUAUAUUUAUCAUCGUCAAUUAUACUUUUUUUUUCCUCAUUCCUCUAUUUUACGGUAAAUAUAGCAUGCUCAUGUAACGUUGAUAAGAUUAUUCUAGCUCGAAACGACUUUUGGUGUCUUUCGUACAUUGUACGUUGUCUAUUUAUAUUGUUCAUAUUCUAAGUUGUCUUAGAAUUUAUCAUGCCAAAAUGAGUAUUAAAUGUAAACAUAUAAUAAGUGAAUUUUAUUGGUAUUUAUUACAGCCUCUAUUUUUAAACUCCUCAAAAAAGUUAUGCGAGUCUGUUUUGAAGGAUGAUAUUUUUGUUACCAUGGUUACUGAACUGUGAAAAACUGGUGUCAUUAAAAAAAAAUGUUUUACUAUAACGUGUCACAUGUUGUAUAUGAUUAUCAUUGUGUAAUGUACAGUUUCCCUGGCUGUAAUAGGACAAAGUCAGAAGUGACGUGACGCAAAGUGCAUCAUUUUCUAACAAAUUCAGAGUGUGCAUUGCGUAUGAAUAUGCAAUGUGUUUAUAAUUUUGCCAGGUGACAGGAAUGGUUUGCAAUGGUGUAAUGGUGCUUUCUUUAAAAAAAAAUCAUAUGAAUGAAAUGUGUUUUAAUAGUGUUCAGGGUCGUUCGUAAAGAUUAAAGGCAUGGAUCAUGCUUGUGUAAUCUCUACACUUGGUCCUUUUUCAAAGAUGAAUAAUUUAUCGGUCACUAAUAUUAAUGUUUGUGUUUGUAAGUAGUCAUUUAUAGCAAUGAAUUCAACACAUUCAGUCUUUUAUGCAAAUGAGAAUGCACCAUCCUAGAAACAAUUAGGAAUUCACUGUUGUAAUGAAAGCAACACAUGUGGCAAUUUCUCAUUUUUUACACUGCUACAUAUUCAUAAUCACUGUGUAUUCCAUGAUUGUAUUCGCAUAACAUGUGGCACGUCAUUGUAAAGAAGAAUAAUCAUGCUUUCAAAUGAUACCAUACGGAUACAAGAUGAUGGAGCAAUUUGACAUUGAUUACCCCUCAAACUUGAGUUGCAGAACUUUUUUGAGGGGUUUAGAUAGAGUUAAUAGUAAAAAGCAUCUAAUGUCUUUCAUUCUUUUACGUCUUGGCAAUUCCAUGACAUAGUAGACUUUUCUAAGUUUGAGUCCCAUUUGGUAUUGAUCCAUAAUUCAAAAUUUGGAGCAGUAGGGCGGUACUUAAUUAAUCCUCUCGGUUAAUAUUUCAUUUACAGCAUCAUUUAUUUGAACAUGGAUCUAAUGCAUGUAUUGCCAUUUUCCGAUCAUAUUUUUGUGUCAUGAUAUUUUAAAUGUAUUUUUGCAUUGUGAAUUUGACAAGUGUAAUUUGCUACAUCAAUAAAUAUAUUUGAUAUUAUCAAUGAAA